AUGAAAUAUACCAAUAACAUCACUGAAUUCAUUCUCUUGGGACUUUCCCAGAAUAUGAAAAUCAAACAUCUCCAGCUGCCCCUGUUCCUGGCCUUCCUGAUCGUCUACGCAGUCACCGUGCUGGGGAACCUGGGCAUGAUCCUAAUUAUCAGGAUAAAUCCCAAACUCCACACCCCUAUGUACUACUUCCUCAGACAUUUGUCCUUUGUGGAUCUCUGUUACUCAACAGUAGUUACACCCAAGCUGCUAGAAAACUUGCUUGUGGAAGACAGAACCAUCUCCUUCACAAGAUGCCUCCUGCAAUUCUUCUUUGCCUGCACAUUUGUGGUGACAGAGACAUUCCUGUUGGCAGUGAUGGCAUAUGACCGAUUUGUGGCUGUUUGCAACCCUCUUCUUUACACAGUUGUGAUGUCUCCAAAGCUUUGUUCCUUAUUGGUGGGUGCAUCAUACUCUUGGGGUACAGUCUCCUGUUCCCUAAUAUACACAUUACUUUUUUUGACUUUAUCCUUCUGUGGGACUAAGUUCAUAAAUAACUUUGUCUGUGAGCACGUGGCCAUAGUUGCUGUUUCCUGCUCUGACCCUUACAUUAGCCAGGAGAUCAUUUUGGCCUCCGCCACGUUUAAUGAAGUAAGCAGACUGAUGAUUAUUCUUACUUCCUAUGUUUGCAUUAUUAUCACUGUCCUGAAGAUGCCUUCAACUGGGGGGCGCCACAAAGCCUUCUCCACCUGUGCCUCCCACCUGACUGCCAUCACCAUCUUCCAUGGGAGCAUCCUUUUCCUCUAUUGUGUUCCUAACUCCAAAAGCUCAUGGCUCAUGGUCAAGGUGGCCUCUGUGUUUUACUCAAUGGUCAUCCCCAUGCUGAACCCGCUGAUCUACAGCCUCAGAAACAAAGAUGUGAAGGCCGCUGUCAGGAAGUUAAUCAACACCAACUUAAUAUGUCAAUUAAUGAUUAAUGUAAAAUGA